GCACUGGGAGUGGAAGGGAUUGAGCAGUGCUUUGGACUCAAACCCCACCACCCAGAGCCCAUUGGAUUCUGAGAAGCGCUCCUGCCUGGGAAGACACUCAGCUCAGAGGACGGAAGGACAGUAGAGACUGAGCACCUUGCCAGAGCUGAAUCCCUUCUCCUCAGAGGGAGGACAGCACAGUGGGAAGAGAGAUGGAGGGGUCCUCUAUGAUUCCCUGCAAGGGCUGGACCUCCUGGCAGGGGCUCCUGAUCACAGCCUCCAUUUUCACCUGCUGGCACCUUUCCACCACUGACCAUAUCACCAUUAAAUCUGUCCCAUCUCAAGUGGCCAAUGGAGACAACGUCCUUCUUCUUGUCAACGAUUUGCCUGAAGAUCUUCUAACCUUUACCUGGUUUAAAGGCGAGACAGGCAUGGACCUUGGAAUUGCAAGAUAUGCACCAGACAGAGAUUUAAUCAUGCAAGGGCCUGGAUAUAGUGGUAGAGAGACAGUGUACCGCAAUGGAUCCCUGCUGAUCCAAAAUGUCAAUGAGAAGGACACAGGACUCUACACUCUGCAAACCUUAAAUGAACAUGGAGAUGUUCUGUCAAUAACAACUAUGCGCCUGCAUGUGUACCCCUUCCUUUGGACCUGUGGGCGGCUUGCUACCUCUGCCCAGCUCACUGCUCAAUCAGUGCCUCCCAGCGUCGCUGAAGGAGGAAGUGUUCUUCUCCUCGUUCACAAUCCCCCGGAGAAUAUUGUAGCCUUUGGCUGGUUCAAAUGGAUGAAUUCGUUCAGGAAAGUUGAGAUUGGCCAAUACAUAAUAGACAGGAAGUCAACUGUGUGGGGGCCUGCAUACACUGGCAAGGAGACGCUGUACAGUGAUGGAUCCCUGCUGCUCCGUGGUGUGACUCAGAACGAUCGUGGAUUGUACACUGUACGAAUUCUGAGAACAGACAUGAGAAGUGAAGAAGCAGAAGUACAACUCCAGGUGAACACCUCCCUUUCUCUGUGUUAUAACCUUUUCACUUCUUCCCAAACCAUGAUCCAACCGGUGCCUCGGUAUCCUGCUGAAGGGGAAGGCGUACUUCUCCAAGUUCACAAUCUUCCAGAAGAUCUGCUAAACUUUGUCUGGUACAAAUCAAAGUAUGGGACCCCGGUCAUUAAAAUUGUAGAAUACAGCAGAGAUAUGAAUUCCAUCUUCUGGUGGCCUGCAUACAGAGGAAGAGGGAUGGUGUACUAUAAUGGAUCCCUGAUGCUCCAGAAUGUCACUGAGAAGGAUGCAGGAAUGUACACACUGGAAGUUUUAAAGAAGAAUUCCAAAAUUGAAAAAGCAUCCGUGGAAUUUAAUGUAAAGAAGGAUGUGACGCAGCCCUUUGUGCGAGUCGCUGACACCACAGUCGAAGGACGUAGAUCUGUGACCUUCUCCUGCAUAUCACCCGACACUGAUAUCUCUAUCCGUUGGAUCUUCAAUAACCGGAGUCUGCAUCACUUAGAAAGGGUGACUCUGUCCCCUACAAAGUGUGGACUCAGAAUAGAUUCUGUUGGGCGGGAGGAUGCUGGAGAGUAUAAGUGUGAGGUCACCAAUGGAGUCAGUUUGAAGACCAGUCUCCCAGUCUGGUGGCCAUGAUGAGUGACCUCUAUCCUCUCAUCCUACAGUAGAGUGCUGGCAUUUCUUUAUCAAUGGGGUGGAAAAUGGAGGAACGUUAUGUGGUGAAAACGAUCAGUUACUACUCAGGUACAGCCAGCGUGGUGACUCAAACCUAUAAUCCUGGGAUGCACAUAUGUGUAAGGGAAGACCAGGAUUUAAUGAGAGCUUGUCUUAAAAGGAAACUAAAGACAUCAAUGUGGUAAACAAAAAUUCAAAGGCUUUAAGAACUUAGGUUGUGGUUCAAAUAUACACUGACCUCUCAGAAUUCAUGGGAUCUAAUUCCAGGAGCCUUCAUACUUUUGGAUGCUCUGAGUCUGCUAUGAAAAUGGUGCAUUGUUUGCGUAGAGAAAAACAUCCUCUCAUAGACUCAAACACAUUCCCUGUUUAACUAAUUCACCUAGGCCCAAUGCUGCCUGCACACCAUCAGCCUUGUGAAGUGAGGAAGAGUAACAGGAGAAGGGUCUGCCCUGUUUCAGUCUGGACAUAGCGGGUUUCUAAACAGCUUUGAUCCACAGUUUGAAGAACAGAUAUAAGGUCCUUCACAUAAGGGCAGAUCGUACUGUUUUUAUCACGAGAGUGGCAUUCACAGUGGGACCUUGCACAUGAGUGUUUUCCUGUUAACAUGUAUAUCUUUCCUUUUUUAGUCUCCUCUCAUAUAUUGCAUCCCAACCAGUUUCCUUUCACUCCACCCCUCCCUAAACUUCCACUUCCCCUCUAUUCCAGAUCUACCCCUCUUCUAUUUCCCUUCAAAAAAAUGAGCAGGCCUCCCAGGCUCAUUAUGUAUUUAUAGAUAUAUAGCACAUGGCAUGGCAAAUUAUAUUAGACUUGCCACAACUCUUCAUAACAGAGCUGGGAGAGGCAACCCAAUAGGAAGAAAAGGGUCCAUAGGGCAGGCAAAAGAGUCAGAGAUGUCCCCACUUUCACUAUUAGAAGAUCCACAAGACACCCAUCUACAUCAUCUUAACAUAUUCAAAGGCCCUAGAUCAUAUCCAUACAGGAUCUGUGAUUAUCACUUCAGUCUCUGUGAUCCUCUCUAAGCCAUGAUUAAUUGUUUCUGUGUUCCAUGUUUUCAUGGUGUCCUCGACCCCUCUGGUUCCUACAAUCCAUCCUUCCCCUAUUCUGUGGGUUUUCCUUUCCAUUCCCGAGUGUUUGGCUGUGUGUGUCUCGGCAUCGGCUCCCAUCAGUUGUGGGAUGAUGCCUCUCUGAUGACUAUUAGGCUAGGCACUUACCUUUGAGUAGAAGAGAGCAUCAUUAGUAAUCAUUUCAUUGAAAUGUUUUUCCAGCCAUGUUUGGUUCUAUCCUGAGUCUCUGGGCUGUCCAGUCUCUGGUUGGACAUCCAGGCAGUGUCAGGUCUGGGAUCCCUCUCAUGGCCUGGGCUUUAAGUUGGACCAGUCAUUGGUUGGCCACUCCCACAAGUUCUGCUUCACCAUUACCACAGUAGAUCCUACAGGAAGGACAGAUUGUAGGUUGAAGGUUUUGUGGCUGAAUUGGCGUCCCGGUCCCACAUCUGGAAGUCUUCAGUGGUUGUAGAAGAUGGCUGGUUCAGGCUAUCUGUCCCUCACUACUAGGAGUCUUCACUAGGGUCAUUCUUACAGAUUCCAGGGAGUUUCCACUGUAGUAGGUUUGUACAUGGCUCCCAAAAUGCCCCCACCAUUCCAGUUGUUACUCCAAGUCCUCUUUCCUUCUAUCCCAACUCCCUACACUUGUUUCCCCUGUUCCCAUCCCCACUGCCCCAAGCCCAUCCACAAAAUCCAUUCUAUUUCUUCUUCCCAUGGAGAUACGUGGGUCCCACUUGAGUCUCACAUGUCACUUAGCUUCUCUAUGCCUGUGACAAAACAGGACAUCUAAUUGUUUGUGGCAAUAGUAGUUUACUGAAGUGGAGCUCAGAUGGGUGUGUUUGUUCACCAGUUCCGGGAACUUCUGUAGAAUCUUUCAGAUUUUCCAAAAAUAAGUUCAUAUCAUCUGAAGAUUUAUUUUAUAGCCAAUUAACUGGCCACAUUUUAUUUAUUUGUGUUGCCACAGAUAGAGGACAUCUAAGAGAAUACUGUCAAAAAGAGGCCACUGUAGCAUCCUUGUGUAGAUCCUGGUCUUACAGGGAAAGCUGUCAGUGUCCCCACUGAAUGCUGAGGUGGCGGUGGCUUUUCACGUGUGUCCCCUGGUGCACUGGCCUCUUUCUACCCCUAGUUUGCCUGUUUCCAUUAUUAAAAAUUGUUCACUUUUGUCAUAUUUCUUUAUUGAUUCAGUCUUAUGAGUUAUAAAUGGAAUACAUUUUGUGUUUCUUCAUGAUUCCGCCUCUGUAGUUUCUGGGUCUCCAGAUAUUUGUCUGUUUCAUAUACGUCACUCUACAAUUACCCACAUCAUUAUUGAGUAGUCAUGAAAAUUUUAGUAAUGUGACAAAUGGACAGCCAGUUCUCAAAAUUCACUUCUAGUGUUAAGAAUGUUACUCUUACAAAACCAAGUUAAUCUGAUUAAAAUUUGUCAA